UCCCGACAGCCAUUCUGGCCCUAUUCGGCUUCCAUAUCCCUAGCUAAAACUUCUCAUCCGCGCACGCGCUGUUAGACAGUGUGAGAAAAUGGCAGACGUCUCUUUGGAUGAAGUGAUACGACAGCGCGGUAUUAAUCUCAAGGCACCAGCUAAACGACCCAUGUUUGGACGGGGUGCAGGAGGGAUUGGCAAGAGUUUUGACGCCCGGCAAAAGAUUGGGGUUAAUGAUGUCAGACAGCGGCUUGGAGGAGGAGGAGGAGGAGGAGGAGCAGGAGCAGGGUUUCAAGUGAAAGAUGCCAGAGAAAAGCUGGGUCAGAAAGAUGCUCGCUUCAAAAUCCGUGGAAGGGGAGGAGCAGCAGGAGGAGUGCAGGAUGCUCGUCAGAUGAUCAACUCACGAAAACAGGGUCAGAAUCAGUUCACUGUCCCUGCACAGACCACUCAGAAGACAGCAGUAACACACCAACUACAGAGCCAGACACUUGUGCCACAGAUACAGAUACACACCAACAAUCUUGCUGGUGUGAACACAAGGCAGUUUGCCCCUAAUGUACAAGGACUUGGUGUGAGGGGCGGCGCAACGCCACAGCUGAGCAAUAAUAAGAGAAUGAUGGAUGCUCGUGAUAGGCUGAGCCUCAAGAGGAGCAUUGGAGGAACACAAGCAGCUGCUGCAGCACCCCUAAAAAUAACCAAGACCAUCCAGCAACGUCCAGUAGGGAUGUUAGGUGGAAUACGUGCAGCUACACAGCCUGUCUCAAAUGAACAUGAUGGCAUUCCCAGUAAACAAAUGAAGAUCACUACGGCUAAUAGUAUGCUACAGUCACGGCCUGGUACAGUGGGCUCCUCAUUCUCCAUGUCAUCCCCAAUCACCAAGGUGGUUAAAAAUGAUGCUUACACAGCCCCACGUCCUCCCGUCCCUGUGGCUCCCACCCGGCCCAACACCAGCAUGGCUGCUACCCGGUCCUCAGCUGCAGCCUUACAACCAGUCUCCAGGACUCUCCAGCAAAGCACAGCAGAAACCAGCACAACAGCUCCUACUCCCCCCCAGCCUGCUUUCAGUCCUUUGGAGGGGACAAAAAUAACGGUGAACAACCUGCAUCCCCGGGUCACUGAGGAAGACAUAGUUGAACUGUUCUGUGUGUGCGGGGCCUUGAAGCGAGCACGGCUGGUGAAGGUAGGCGUGGCUGAAGUGGUGUUUGUCCGUAAAGACGAUGCCGUGAGCGCAUACAGGAAGUACAACAAUCGCUGCCUGGACGGCCAACCCAUGAAGUGUAACCUUCAUAUUCAGGGAAAUGUCAUCACGUCUGAUCAGCCCAUUCUAUUGAGGCUCAGUGACACUCCAGGCACAGGCAGCGGUACAAAGAAAGACGGUCUGCCCCCCUCCUUGUCUCGCCCCUCCGGUCAGCGAGCCUCUUCUCAGCCCACCCCAGAGGUGGACCCGCAGACCAUCCUCAAAGCUCUGUUCAAGUCCACUGCACAGUCCACCUCCACCACUGAGCCCCCCAGCUCACAGGCCACUGCCUUUCGCAUAAAGAUAUAGGCCAUGUCUAGUGUGAAUACACUGUCUGUUCAUAAACAUAUUACUCUCAGUGUUCACAUACAAACUGUGUUUUUCACCGUGACAUCAGGCAGCCCGCAUUUUUACACAUUUGAUAUUCAUGACUUCUUUGAACGUGAAAUUCAUGGAUGAAGUGAUGUGAUUUGUUGUUUUAAUCCAGGUGGGGGAUGCCAAAUCAAAUUGGAUGUGUAGGGAUUUUUUUUGUUUUUUGUUAUUGUCAAUUCAAUGCCAGCCCAUUUGGAUAUGUUGAGUUUUUUUAAUACUCCAGUUUAACUCCACCUACCCCAAGAGUCCCAAACAAAGGAAAAGGGGCAAAAAAAAAAAAAGACCUAAAAAAACUAAUUGACAGACACUGGGCAGCAUUGUCAUUAUUAAGAGAUGCAUUAUGUUUAAGGCCCUGUACAUCCACACAGGUGUGUUCAGUCAUAUUGUCUAAACCUCUUAUGAUUUUACAGACCACCAUUGUGUAUAGACCAUAGAAAUAAAACGGAAUAUAGACCAAACAAAAAUAGAAGAAACAACACAAUACAGUAGAUACCAUAUCUAUCUGAUUUAGGCAGAAGAAUUAAGUAGUCCUCAGCAAAUCCUCGCCACAAGUCUACCUAACUUUAACCUGGGAAGAGGUCUUGAUAGCCAAAAUGACUGAAAACACUUGUGUGAGUAAAUCGGGGAUGGACAGACACUAUUAUACCAUAAUUUCAGUCAACCAGUUUUUUUCAUAUUAUGUUGAUAUUUUGUUUGUUUUUACCAUCCUUGUUUCAUCCAGAUUCUUGUGUACUCUGUGACUGGUUUUACUUGGCUGUCCAGUUUUGAAGCAGUAUAUGUUUAAUUCUUUCUAGUAUACAUUUCUCUCGAUUUUAUGUUCAAGGACUGUAAAUUACUUUUGGUUGCUUUCUUGGUAGGUCAGUCAAGAAGAGACUAGAGAGGUCAUAUCUGUCUGUGAAAUGUCGCCAUUAAAUAUUUAGCUUUGUA